ACGAUAAACGCUUCCAGCCGCAGAAGAAGCUGAAGUUAAACAGAGCCAUCGGCAGUUGAUUAUUUUUUCAACGGCAGUGUUUAUUUGGUAAGAAGAAGAAAGCCCUUAAAUAUAGUUAUUAUAAAAGGGGUACCAUAAAAGGUUCCUCAUUAUGAAUAGUUAUUGUUUUGGGUGAAAUCACUUGACUACUAGCUGAAAGCAGAUUAAGCGUAAAAAGGUCCACAGAGAGUGUGCACAAUCAGAGACGAGUCUUUUAAUAUCUUUUGUGGCCGCCACGGUCAGUAGCUUUGGCAAGACGAAAAUUGAUGAUCCACCUUUUAUAUUGAACUUAGUCCUAGGGAUAAAUCCCAUUUAUUUAUAAAGUGACUGAAUAAUCAUAAUGUCAUAAUAUAAGUACGGUAUAAGUGGUCUAGGUACUUCAGUUUCAGUCUUUGAGUUAUAGUUAUAAGUUUAUGUAAUGUAGUGCAGUUCCCUUCCUCCAUAUUUAAUAAGUUCUGCUGUGAUGAGGUCUCUCCAGGGGGUUUGUGGUUUUUCAUAGAAUUGAUUUCUUCUGUAGUUUCUUCCAAAGUUGGGGCGUUUAUUAUAGGGUCUGGUCCUUCAUCAUGUGGUGGUUAAUAAUCUUCAUCUUGUCCAUUCACCAUUGUCAGCAUUUUGCAUGCCCUCACAAAUUAUUCAGCGCACCUCUGUAGCAAUAAUUUAUUAUUUUUCGUAAUUCUCUAUUAUGGAUCUCCCACAUUUCAGGGCUGGCUUGGUAUCCAUUCUUUUCAUCUUUUAUCUUCAAGUACAUUCCUCUGAUAUUUCCCUCUCUUGAUAAGUCUUAUAUUUCUUUUAGUUAACAUUUUUUCCUAUUCCCUUCCAUAGCCUAACGUUUACUGCAUAAAGCUAGUCACUCUAGUUGCUGCUCUCCCACGAGGCUCAUGAUUUUACAUUACCUGCACCUCAGUCUCGAUUUUCAAUCAUAUUUCAUGUACAACCACAAAAAAUGUUAAUAAAAAUAUGCAAAUAAGUAAUAAACAUGAUUGGUUUUUCUGGGCCUCAACCUUAAUAGCCCUGACACUACCUUCCUGACCCCCUGAGGAUGUAGAAAGCACCCCUGGCUUAGAACCCCUGAGUCUGAGGUUUUUUUUUUAAUAACUUAUGAACUAGUAAUAGUAGAUGGCUAACUAAUCUGUAAUCCAUGUGAGUUUGCAGCUAAUGUCUAAAAAUACUUUAAUUUUAAAAAAUAAUAUAGUUUUAUUCUAAGUUGUGUUUUUAUAAGCAUAGCCUAUAUAUAGGUGAUCAACUCUAAUCACAGACAUCAACAGAUUAAAAUUAUUUAAGGCCUAUACUAGAAAGCUCAGAGGGUAGGGACAGACAAGGAUGUUUUUGGGGUGUACAUUCUAGCCCAAGAAUCUCAAAUUUAUAAUUAUUCUUUUGGAAGUGUGAUUUUUAUUUUAAUAAUAAUAAUAAUAAAGUUCAUUUCAAAAACACGCUUCAUCCCCAAAGGCUCGAAGCGUGGUACAAAGUCAACAAAAAACAAAUCUAUAAUUUACCACAUUUAAAACAAACGCAACACUACAAAAACUAAUUACAAGCAUACAAUGUCAAAGUCUUUCUAGCCAUUUCAACAAUAAGCAAUACAGCCAUUAUGCAUUAACUGGAAAAUAACGUAGACAAUCAUCCCAGAAGGUGUUUGCGAAAUAGAUGUGUCUUUAAAUCGGUUUUAAAGGACUCCAGUGUCUGCUUGUUUCUGAGAUCGACAGGAAGGGCGUUCCAAAUUGUUGGACCAGCAAAUGCGAAAGUGCGCUUUGCGUAAGUCUCAAGGCAUGCACGUGGUGUCGAGAGUUUGCCACUAUUGGAUGAGCGAGCUCUCUAGUGGGUACAUAAGGCGUCAGCAGCUCUUUCAGACAGGACGGCGCCAAGUCAUGUAAGCAGCGGUAGCACAAAGUUGCAAUUUUGUUCUCUAUGCGAGCACGCACCGGCAUCCAGUGCAACUCUCUCUGCAAGUGUUUUUGCAUGGUCGAACUUGCGUUUGCGGAAAAAAAUGCGAGCCGGAUUAUUCUGUGCUAUUUGAAUUGUAUCCAGGAGUGUAGCUGGAAGACCCACCAUGAGAGCAUUGCAAUAGUCCAUGCGUGAUAGCACAAAUGCAGACAUCAGCCUCUUUGUUGCAUCAAUUGUUAGGAAGGGCCUGAUGUGACCUAUCCUGCGCAGCUCCAGAUAAAUCGCCUUGCAUAGCAUGUUAAUAUGACUUUCAAAAGUUAGUCUUCUAUCUAGGUAGACACCCAGGUACCGCACUGUUUGAGCUAACUCAAUACGCACACCUGAGAGAGUAAUGGAUGUCGUGUUAUUUGCAGAUUUUUGCUUCUGAGCGGUCGCGAUGGGGAGCAGCUCAGUCUUAUCAUCAUUUAAUUUGAGCUUGUUUAUGGUCAUCCAGUGCUUAACCGACUCCAUUGUCUUCUGUGUCAUACUGAGCAGCUGAGGGAACUGAGAAGGGAUCACGGAUUGAUGAAGUUGUGUAUCGUCCGCGAACAUGUGAUACAACAUGUCAAACUGCCUGAUCUCUGCACCCAGGGGCUGAAUGUACAUUGUGAAAAGCACCGGGCCUAGGACCGAGCCCUGGGGUACUCCUAAUUCAAUAUUAGAUUUCUUCGAGGUCAAGCCGUUUGAAAUAACUGACUGCACCCGAUUCGUCAGAUACGAUCGGAACCAACACAGGAUGGUAUCAGUGAGACCGAAAGUUUAUUGCAAGACGCUGGAGCAGUAUGCCGUGGUCGAGCGUAUCGAAAGCUGCCGAUAAAUCGAGUAAAGACAAAAUCGAUACCUUGCCCUCAUCACAAAACAACAGAAGGUCGUUUACGACGCGCAACAGGGCUGUCUCAGUAGAGUGAUGCGCCCUGUAUGCUGACUGGAAUGGUUCAAACAAGUCAAACUAAAUGAGGUGAUCCAGGAGUUGGCGGAGAACGACUUUUUCUAAGAUUUUAGAAAUAAAUGGUAGAUUUGAGAUGGGGCGAUAAUUUUACAUCACAUUUGGGUCAAGAUUUGAUUUCUUUAAUAGUGGAGUGACAAUCGCCUCUUUAAAAGAUGAUGGAACAAUAUCAGUAGCUAAGGACUGAUUUAUGAUAUAAGUGAUGAUGGGGACUAUUUCAUCCAGACAUUCAUACAAGAGCCCUGCUGGAAGAGGGUCAAGCGAACAUGACUUUCUUGGGGUACCAGAGAGGAUUUUCCUCACAUUCAUAAUGAAAAAAAGAAUAGGCCUAAAAAAAUUCGAAGUCAUUUACGCAAAUAUUUGAAUUUUCAUCUUUUAAGUUUAUUUUUGGAUGACUUCGGUCUACAAGGUUACAAGAAAAAACACUAAAAAUUGAUAUAAUUGGUUUAAAAUCUACACCUGAUGACUAAGUAGACCCCCCCAAUCAAAAGUUCCUGAAGUUAAUUAACUUUAAAAGAAAUUAUGUAAAUCUUAUUCAGUGAGUAAACCAAAAUUCAUAUAUUUCUCUGGAAUGCUUAUAAUUAUAAAAGAAGUCACAUUUACUUGUAAAUGUAUGUCAUAGAGCCUCUAAAGAAACAAUUAUAAUUAAAAUUGUUACCGUUUUUCGGAAUUACAUUUUUUGAAAUCGAAUCUUUUAGAAUGGUGAGUUUUGUAUCAAAUUUUCGGCUCAAUUCUGUCUUUCUAUUUGAGAUUUUUAUUUGGAUAAUCCAUUAUCGUGUUCUGGAUAUAGAAAGGUAAGGUUCCUUGUCCAUAGUUUUGAACAGAAAUAUCAAUAUGUUUUUAUUAUAAAAAAUCCUAUGAUUUAUAAAAUUUUCUUCCCUUAAUAUAUGGAAAAUUUAGUUGUAACUUAAAAUGUUAAAGCAGGUUAGCGAUUGCAUUGGUAAGCCAAAAAUUAGAUCAAUUCAAAGUGACACAUUUAAUAAUAAUUAUAAAAUGUUACUUGUGUGUAAUUUAUUUUACUGAACAUUAUAUUUGGUUGCCAUUUGAAUUUUUUUUUUAAGGUGCCCAGUUUUUAUCGGGGACCUCCUAAAUUCUAUACAUGAAUUGUGUAUUUGUAAAAUUAUAAAACUGGAUCUUGGAAAAUUUUCUAGAAAUUGAAAAAUCUUUAUUUACCAUAUAAUCUCAACUUACAUUGGUCUUUAUAAAAGAUUGAUGCUAGAUUUUAGAAUGUAUUCACUUUUAGCUAUAAAUUAGUGUAUUUGUCUCAAAUUGUUCAUUUACUUUUUAAAAAAGAAAAAGAAAGCAGCAUGAAAUUUUAUGUCAGCUUCUUCUGGGUUUGAUUUUUGUUUAGUCUAAAUAUUUCUUAAAAUGUUUACAUCUUUAAAAUAUACAUGGUAAAAUGUUGAUAAAAGACACAAAAGGUAUGUAUUGACUAUUUUUUUGAGACAAGUAAUCAUGUGUGUACUUGCUAAAAAUAACAUCUUAAGAAUGAUAAUUUGUACCAAAUGAAAGAAAUAGUUUUCAGUGGUCACAUUAUUGUACAUUGCAAAUGUAAACCUGGAGGCAUUGUAUAAUGUAUUUUUGGCAAUGUUUCACUAUUUUAUCUUAGUAUAUGCUGUCAGUAGUAGUAAAAACUAUGUUUUUUGGCCAAGGCUUAAUAACAUUUCUUUCUUUGCUACCAUGAAUGCAGCAUGACUUAAAACAUUUCAUGUUGAAACACAGAAAAAUUGUGAGAAAUACAUAAUACUACUUAAUAUUCUGGUAAUUUCAUCCACAUAUAUCUAUAUUAUUUAAUUUUAUUGUUUACAAAUAAUUUUUAAUUUUGCAUUAAAAUUAAAGAUGUUGAAUACUUUCUAGGAACAAAAAGCUUUAUAGCUUCUGUCAUUUUUAGCCAUAGAAUUUUGGUUCUUAUUGGUUCUCAAUAAAAAAAAUUCAAAGCAAUAUGGGAUUGGAGCCCCUUGAUAGGUGUCAGUAAAAAUAAUCAUUUUUGAUGCUUUGAGGUUUUGUUUCUUACAUAUAUAAAAAAAAUUGACUUCUAAUGCUUUUUUGUGUUAAUGACCUCUUUAUUCAUAAUUUACUCUUUUAGAUGGUUAUUUGAAAAAAGAUGAGCCUACCCUGGCUAACUGAGGAUUUUAAGCAUUCUUCUAAAUCAAGGUCAAGAUCUGGUUCAAAAUCUCCAGGAAGAAAACCCAGAGUCGAUGAAUUUGGAAGAACCUUGCCUGCAAGAUCAAGAAGUUCAAGUCGCAGCCGGAGUCGAAGUCGUGGGAAAAAAAUGGAUUCUGAUUCUCGCCAGGGUCGUGAACAAAGUGCUGGCAGAGCUCGGCGAAAUUUUAAUAGAGGAAGUAGGGAAAGAAGUAGGGAAAGAGGCAAAAGAGAUCCAGGAAGACACAGAAAGCGAGGUGAUAGCAGCAGUAGCAGUAGCAGCUCUGACAGUAGCUCUGAAUUUCCACCCGCUACUCGUUUGGUAGCAAGUAAUAAACCUAAAUAUUUAAACUCUCGUUUAUUUGUUGCUAACAUCGUUUCUAAAGAAGUAUCCAAAGAAGAGCUUACAAGGCACUUUGAGAAAUAUGGAAAUGUUGUUGGUGAGUGGUCAUUACCUUUAUUUUUAAAAAUUUUAGUUUAAACUGGAACCAUCCUGCACAAACACUUCAUUCUAAUCCGAAUUUAUGAAGUAUUCCUUUUUAAAAUUUUCUUUGGUCUUAAUAAAUAAGAUUGGAUAUAUAUAUAUAUUAAUAUUAGAGUACAGUUGUGCAUUAUUCUAAACCAAUUUAUUUUUUAUUUCAGAUGUUUUGGUGCACCCCAAAAAUUAUGCAUUUAUUCAGUAUUUAAGAGAAGAACAUGCAAGGCUUGCAGUUGAGGGUGAGCAAGGGAGCACUAUGAAGGGAUGGAGGCUCGGUAAGUUGUUAUGUUUUGUUUUUUUGUAAGGGGGAUGAUGGAAUAUAAUUUAUUUCAAUAUUAAUAUUCAUUUUAUAUUUUAAUUAACAUAAUUUUAAGUAUCAUAAUAUUUACUAGGAAAAUGCAGGUUUGUAUACAAAUAUGUAAUGUUCCUUCAUAUUCCUAAUCAGAUCUAUUUUCUUUCUUCAAAUGAGAAAUGAAUACUUGAAGUUUAUUCUGGAUAAAAUAGCUUUUUUUGUUCCAAUUGAUUCUGUAAAAAAUAUGGGUUUUCUCUAUCAUUAUUUUUGACAUGCUUUUAGUUAAAGGAGCGUUAAAGGUAAAAGGGUUUGGUUUAUAGAAAAUAGUUUAAAAGAAAUCUUAAACUGUCAAAAUAUAAAUAUGAUAUUUUAAAAAAAAUUAUUAAAAAAUAUUUGGGAAUGAUUGGAAAAGUUGCAUAAAACAAGUACGCUGGUGUCAGUACAGUUCAGAGCCUAAAAAUUCAGGGCAACAUAAAUGAUUUGGAAUCAUACAAUUUAAUGCAAAAUUAACAAAGAGUUUUAUGUCAAUUUUUUCAUUCUUAUUUCAAAGUUAAAUUUUUUAAAGUUCAUCUGUGAAAUGUUGGUGAAAUCUUUUGAAAUUAUAAUUAUUUCAUUUAAAUUAGAGACACAAUUAUGGACUUAUACUAUCUUUAUAGUAGUGUUUUAAUGAAAUAAACAAAUCACAUGAGUACACAAUAUCUUUGGCAACAUAGUUUAUCUAUAUUUUAAAAAAAUGACCAACUUAAAGACCUAAAAGCACAAGUACGCUCUGAACCUAAAUGAAAUCUAUCACGUGCUUAAAUAUAAUGGACAUGUAAACAAUAAUGUUGAGAAAAAUAUGUCAGCCCAUACAAGAUGAGGAAAAUGGGGGAUAUGCACCCAUCUAGAACUCUAUUGAUAGCAGCAAUUUUACAGAGUAAGACCACCAGGUGACAGGGGUAAAGGUAGUGUACUACAAGAAACUGUUGACAUGACUGAUGUAGAUUGAUGAUAUGAAAGCAAAUGUGUAUUGGUUGGGGGCUGUCUUUUUUGCAAUAACAGUGCAGUGAAACUGUAUGAUGGAGACACAGGCAAUGGCUUUCUUUGGACUGUAGCUCAAAUAUUGAUUGAUUGAUACAAACAAAAAUACAUGGAUACAUAGACCAUACAUUAGUAAAAACUUUUUUAAAAAACAACCGCAAAGUGUCGCAACAGAUUUCACAGAUAAAAUUGGCUUUUACUGUGAUGAAAAUUAUGAAUGGGAUCCCAAGUUAGUCCAAGAAGGGAGGGGGUGUAAACUCAUACUGUAGCUUUAUUUCCUUCAUAUUGAAAAACAAAGUGAAAAAUUAUAGUUUUAGUUUAUAUUUUUCAACAGUAUCAUGUAUAUUUAAAGUGCAGUGAUGUAGAAAUGAGGUGUUACAUCAGUUAAGGGUCUCAUGCUAGAAGCAGAUGCUCAUUUGCACAUGCUGUUUUUUUUUAUGAAAGAAUGAACUGUUUUGUCUUUAAUGACAAGGGAUAAAAGGUAAAAAACAGUAACUUGCCAUUAUUGUCCAAUGUCAAAGUUGUGUGUCCUGAACCUUAUACACAGGACAGUAAAGGACUAAAUAGAUCAAGAAAAUAUUUUAUGUCAUAAAACAUCACAAUAAAAUUUUAAAAUACAAGUUAAUGCUUGAUUUUUCUAUUUCAAUUUAAAUAUUAGAAAAUUAAGACUUUUUAAAUACACUGUUGAAACUUGUCUGUCUAGGCUCUUCAUUAUUUUAGACAUAUCAAAAAUGAACUGACUAUUAAGUGAAAAAAUAAGUCAUUCGCGUCUGCUUAUGCAAUAAAUAGAUGAACUUAAAUAAAAUUAUGUAUGUUUAUCUCCUCUCUUUCUGUAUUAUAUAUACAAAAUGUUGUCUAAAAGUUUGAAUUAGGUGUUCCAGAUGAACUGAUUUUUAAGAUCUACUGGUCAAAUACAUCCUUUCCACAAUGACUAUCAUUUUUAUUCUAAUACCCUCCCAAAACCAAUGUGACUUUGUCACUUAAUCCCUCAUGGAAUUUGCACCAUGGGUGUCUUACUACAGAACAGAUCUUUCCUGUCUGUGACUAACAGUAACAGUAAAGAGAAUGAUGUUGUUUUUUCUUCAUUCUAUUUUCUAAAAACCCAAAUACCGGUAAUUAAAUAUUUUCUGAAAGAAUAUUGUUUUUUAUGUCUGAAAAAAAUGUAUAAAAAAUAAGAAAUCAAUCAGUGUGAGAGUGUGUUAAAGGCAAAGAAGCAGUUAGACCGCAGAUUUAUUACAGCAUUUUGCACCAACUUUUGAUAUUUAAAAAAAUCUUAUUUAACACAGUAUCAGAAAUUUUUAUUUUUCACACUAUUGAACAAACCAUUAUACCAUACUUUCUUUUAGGCAUAGAGAAUUAAAUUAAUUGAAUAGAUGUAUCCCAGUUGUUUUCAGCCCUCGCUCUGAAUUGUCUUAAUCUGAUUUAUUCUAGUCACAGUUAGUCCAUCUGUGUCCUGUCCUGACUGCCUAGGCCUUAUGUAGCCAGGUAUUAAAAUAUUGCAAAAUGUUACUGUGAUUGGGAAAUGGACCCUGACUGGAAAAAUUUCCUUUGGAGAGCAAUGUACAUUCAGCUUAAAACUUGGUUCUCCUUUUUAUAAAGAGCUAGUUUUACCUUUUAUGUCUGAUAAAAAUAAAUUAAACGAGCUCCUUACUAUGAUAAACCGAGAGCAAACAAAGCAGUUGAAGGAAUACAUACCAAACUAUAUACUAUUUUAUUUUAAUCAUUGAUUCAACUGGAUAUAUUUUAAUAAGUAUCGGCCCUAGAGACUUUAGCUGCCUCCUAAUUAGAUUUGGUAAAUACUUUUCACCAAAUUCUACUUCUGACAUCAAGGGUGAUCAACACAUGGCUUCGUGUGCCAAUAGAGGCAUGUCAAGUUUUUUUUUCUGGCAUGGUAAAUCCAGGAAUUAACUUAAAAAACAAUGAUAUAUAAAUAAAUACACAACUUUUACGCUUAGUUAAAGCAUUUAUUUGAACUUAUAAGAAUUUAGAAAUUGUAUUGAUGGGACCUAAGCCAAGUCAAACAAUGAUUAAAUUGUGGUGUUAAGAGAAGCUGGCAAUGAUUAAUCUGAUGUAAUAUAAAAGCUUCAAUAUUAUGUUCCUCAAAAUUUUUAAAGCCCAUUUGAAAAAGAGUAUUAAAGAUUUGGCUUCUUUGGGAUGAGCCCUUAAAAUAGCACCCAACUUCAAAUUAGAUAAAUUUAAAUGAAAUGAAACAAACAUAAAAAAUGCUUUGAUGUAUGCUUGAACUAUUUUAGUAAGCUGCUAAGUUUUAGGCUAAUGACUUGAAUUUAUUUUUGUGCCAUUCAUUUAUGUACAUUUUGACUAAUGCACAAAUGUGCAUAAUGUUGAAUAACAGAUUAUGUUCCUGUUGGUACUAGCAGUCAAACACAACAAUAAAAAUAGAAUACUCCAUACUAGAAAAAACUUCAAAUAUUAUUUUAAAUUUAAUUAAUGUUAACGUUGGCCAUGUCAGAAGCUGUAGAGGUCAUGGUUAAAUUAAGUCGUUGUUACCAAGUAUGUUUUAUUGUGAAUAUAUUUUGUAGCAUAUUUUUUUUUUAUGUCCAUUUCAAAAAGUUAAGAUAGUCUUCUUGUUUUGAUGUGUGAUCAUGAAAUAUUUUUACAUGUAUUCCUAGUUUUAUUUUUGACUUUGUGUGUAAAUUGUUUUCUAAAUAAAUUUUGUCAACCAGAUUCCCUUGUUGAGGUUAAUUAUUUCAUAAAUCUUUCAACUUUUUAUUAAGGAUACCUUGUGUUUACACUUUACUUAGUGGUCUCAGAGAGUGCUGAAUAUUUUUCUUUAAUAGAUGUGAAAAUGGCCAGUGAAGGCCGUAAAGGAGUUGGUGGUGGUGGCAGCAGUGGUGGCUUUGUUAGAAUGGGACGAGGGGGUGAACGUGGAGGAAGAGGGUAAGUUUUAAUUUCAUUCUUUGUGUUAAUGAUUCAUUGCCAUUAGUGUUGUUACUUGAUCAAUUGUCUAUUAUAUUUUUUUUCCCCAUUUGUCUGACAAUUUUUGUUUGAAAUUCUGGAAUGCAGUUGAACCCAGUUAUGUCAACGGCCUAGGGGUUGCCAAAAAGCGUCGAUAACUGAUGAUCGAAAUAAAGGAAAACCAAUAUGGUGGCAAUAUGUUAACUUGCUUGAAUUUAUUUAUGUACAUGAUGUGCGUUAAUAAAUGAGAAUGUACAUGCUCAUGUUUCUGGAGUUUUUUUUUUACUCAACAGCGUUGCUGCGAUUUGUUUGAAGCUAUCAGGAUGCUAUAAAAAUGUACAUACAUGUUUGCUAACAACAAAAGGCAUAUAAGAAAUGAUAAGAUUCUUUUAUUGAUCCAAACAAAUGGAAAUGUUUUAUGAUUGCAUAGUACAUUUUCAGCACAUAAAUAAAAAAAAUUUGAACACAAACAUUUACUGUAUAUUUAUAAAUUAAUUCACAGCCAUUCACUGAGUUCUCUUAGCCAUAUCAGGCUCUUAUUAGUUCUCAUUAAGAUUUGUGACUUCAGGGGGAGCAUGCUGGUAAAUUCGUACAGAUUGAAGAACAAAAGAAUUUUUAUAUCUUUCAGUCCUCGCCCUGACAGAAAGAAUUCAUUCCAAACUGGCAAUCCUAAGUAUCUGUGAUGAAGAGGGUGAGAUGUAUCAUCCAAAAUGUGUUAAGUUUUACAAUAAAAUCUUUCUUCAAAUAGUUCUUCAAGUGAAGGAUGUUUGGUUAGUGUUAUGUUUUUGGUUAGUGUUAUGUUUCUAGCUUUCUUGAUUAGUCAGUUUAUGCAGUGUCUAAUAUCAGACGUUGCAUUCCCUUACCAGCAGGUAAUACUGAAAUUAAGCAGGCUUCCAAUUGUUGCACUGUAGAAUAAGUUAAAGACUUUUUUGUUUAUGCCGAAAUUGAAAGAAAUUGAACAGUUUUUUGAGGUAGAACAGUCUUUGGUUACCUUUCUUAUACACCAUUUGGCCAUGCUCAUGCCAUGUUAGCUUAUUAUUAAUGGUGACACCCAGGUACUUAUAUGCCCCUUCUUUCUCUACACUUUGAUUUUUUUUAUGUUGAGAUCUGUAAUCUGGUGUUUUCCCUCUCCUGAAAUCAACAACCAUUUCCUUUGUUUUUGAGACAUUCAGCUGGAGAAAACAUCGCACCAAUUGAUAAAGCUUGUAACUAAGUUGCAGUAUAAGCCUUCUCCUUCAGAUAUGAAGCCAGCGGUGGUGAUAUCAUCAGCAAAUUUUAAGAUUGGAACAGUGUCGCUUGAGCUUUGAAUAUCAUUGAUAUAUAUUGUAUACAGUACAUGGGAGAGAACGCAGCCUUGUGCUUCCCCGGUGCUUAUUUCUCUGGUUAGAGAUAAUUGGUCAUUUACCUUGACAUAUUGUGGUCGAUUUGUCAAAAAGUUCAGUAUCCAAGCUUGAAUAUUUAAAUUGACCCCUAACGAGGAAAGUUUCUUUAUCAUAAGGUGUGGUUGGAUAGUGCUAAAUGCUGAUGAGAAGUCUAUUUUUAGGACUGUCUCAGUGAUGGUAAAAAUGCUUUGUUAUUUGUUGCUUUUUGCCCUUAACAGUCUGUUUGAAAACAAAUGCUUCAAUAUUAAUUAUGCUGUCUCAAACAGUUUCAUCUCCUACAAAAGCACCAUACUGUCAAAUUGUCUGUAGUAUUUCUACCACCUCACCAGCUGAGGGAAUUGGUUUCAAAUCUUUGUCUGCAUUUUCUUCAUCUUCUUUGUCAUUGCCACAUGGACCAUUGACGGGAAGGUUUGUUGCUUGCAUAUUUGUGAACAUUUGAAAUACUGCUUUGUCAACAUCUUUGUGUUCAGCCCUCUAAGGCUUUUCUUGCUGGGUCAAAGACAGACUUCUCGUACAUUUGCUUUAUCACGUCAGCCUUCUUUUUCCAUCCUGCAAUGGUGUUUGAUGGAAUGCCAUGCUGACGACUAAGGUCUACAGGUUUCAUUCCUUUUUCUAGCUGCAGUAUGAUUUCAUACUUUUUCUCUAUUUAGUGAUUUUUCCAGUUUCCUCUUACUCUUAACGCCUCCAGACAUUUUUAGAAGGAAAAAUGCGUUAUCACUCAGAAAAGAUCAACAAGAGUGAGUAAACUGUCAUUAGAGUGAACCACCUUACGGACCGUGAUACAUGUGCUACGUGAACUCAGCGCAUGCGCAGUGAACCAAGUACGAUCAUUUUAUUGGUUAGUCCAAAGCUAGCCAGCAUAAACGUAACCAACCGCAAGAGGUAAAGUAGAAAAUUAAAAAACCAAAAGACUGUUUUUGCAAAAUAGGAACUCCAUUCCCACGAAAGAAACUUCCACCUGGCAAUAGUGGACUGUAUAUAUUACUGUAGCAACACCCAAUAUAAGGAUGCUUUCUCUCCUGUAUUUUGAGAAAUAAAUAGUUAUUUUUAAUUAUGAAAAACUUGUUUUUUUUGUUGUUUGCUAUUUCUUCUUGCAAAGUUCAAAAGCCAGCAAUUGGUCAUGGGCCCCCUUUUGUGCUUGAGAUAUUAGGGUUCAGCGACAUAAAAGAAUCGACAUAACCGAUGAGAAAAUGCUAAGACAAAGAGAAAAUUAGGCGGUUCCACUUCAAAAACAUCGACUUAAUAGAUUAAUAGGGUUGGCGAGUUAACCAAGGUCGAGAUUAAGUGGGUUCAACUGUAUAUAUGUUGAUUCUUAUAAAUAUAUUGUCAACGAAUAAUUGAAUCAGAAACUCUUUGUACAAUUUUGUAUCAAUCAAGUUCCAUAUAAAUGUAAAUAUUGUGCUUUGCUUUGCCAGGGGACGUUACAACAGUUCAGAUCGAGACAGGUCACCACUACGCAAUGAUCCUUACAUGAACCCUUAUAGAGGUGGUGGUCCCAGAUCACCUGGACCAUACCCACCUCCUCUGGGGUAAGAAAUUUGUUUGUUUUUUUUCAAAAUAUUGUCACAUUUGAUAACAUUUAACCCCGAUUGCAUUAAUUGCUUUCUUGGAAGGGAUGCUAAAGGGCCAACCAAUACUGAACAAAAGAUGUGAUAAUUACCAUGAAAAAAUAAUAAAACCCCAGGAAUAGACAGUAUCGUAUCACUGCAGAACUGAUACAACUAGGCAGAAAUGAACUGCAUAGGCAAAUACAUUACCUUAUAAAUAGAAUCUGGUAGGAGUGAGAAAUGACAAACCAAUGGCUUACCGGUACAGCACUCAUAAUCCCAAUUCAAAAGAAAGGAUCUUUGCUGGAUUGCUCAAAUUAUAGAGGACUCUCCCUACUUAAUGUAACUUACAAUAUCCUCACUAAACUAACAGCAAGAAAAUAGGACUGGUAUAGUGAACCGAUCCUAUAGGCUAUAAAUGUGGAAUCCACCAAAAUAGAUCUAUCAUAGCAUUACUAUCAGAAGUUUCCUUGAGAAAUGCUAUAAAUACAUUAAUAUACACUAAAUAUAUGUGGACUACAACUCAGCUUAUGAUAGCGUAGAUAGGAACUAUCUGUGUGAUGCUCUACAGGAAGUACAGGAACUUGUCCAUAACAAACUUAGCCGGCUUAUGCAUAGGAUGAUGGCGGACUCCAAAAGUAGAAUCUAAGUACAGGGAGAGUUCUUGAGCGAGUUUCUGAUUAAUCAGGGUCUGAGACACCGUAAAUGAAGCAAUGAAAAAGUGUAUGUCAAUGUCAUGAAACAUGCAUAUUGGUGGCAACAUUAAAUUAAGCAACCACGCUUUCGAGAGAGGGGCUAAUUUAAAUAUCUAGUAGCUACUAUAGAUGACCACAAUGAAAUUUUAUUGGAGAUUAAAGAAAGCAGCCAACCGCUCUUAUUUCAGCCUACAAAAGCCUUUUGAGGAAAUCAAGGAAGGUAUUAAAUAUACACUACUAUUAUAAAACCAGUUGUAAUUUACGCAAGUUAGACUAGGUCCCUUACUAGAAAUGUAGAGAACCUGCUCAACAGUCACUCAGGACACUUUUUAAAAUAUAUUACCAGUAAUUUAAAAAAUGUAUAAAUUUUCUUUGGCAUGAACAUCAAAGCCUUGUAAUAUGCAUCGUUUAUUUUGUAAAUGGCGCACAAUGCCAUUAUCAUGAGUCAUUGGUUUGAUUAAAUUAUUAAUAAAGUAACAGGGACUACAAACACCAUUGCAACCAUUUAUCUUGCAGAGACUUUGGUCCAUACUACCCAGAUCCCUUCAGGAGAGGCUUCCCAGACCCUUGGUUACCUCCGGAUGAUCCAUUCAGGUAUGGGACCAAGUUAACUAUUUCAACUAAUUAUUAUUGUGUGUUUUAAAUUGUUACAUAAUAAAUAUAGCUUUGGUAUUUUUAAAGAUCUAAAUGGUUAUUGUGUAGUGUACUGUACCACAUUAGUGUUGUGAUCGUUUGUGGAAAAACCAACAGAAUUAAAUGGACCCUUUGAGUCUAUCGCUACCAAAAAAUCAUACCUUAAUUAAAACAAAAACAAAUCCUUAUGUAAGGAAAUCUCAGUAUUAACAACCAACACCCUAAGGAUUUUUAGACCUAACCGAGUGAAAUACAAGUUUAAAAAUGUUACAGUAAAAAAAAAAAACUCUUGUAUCUCAGACGAGACCCAUACCUGGAUCCGUACAGAGAUCCUUAUGCUGUAAGACCCUUGCCACCACCGCCACCUGUCAUUGAAUGCGAAGUAUUUUUAGUCAAUUCUCAACUAAGGUAGGUUGAAUUAAAAAUAUUCAUUUAUAUAUUUUUUUUUAAGAAUUGAAAAUAGGGUUAAAUUAUCUUAAUCCUUUUUAUGUACUUUAACUAAAUUGGGCAAUUUGAGCAAAAUAUGAAAUAUGAAUAUUCAGAACAUGUGCGCUGCAUGUAUACUUUUUUUCUAAACCCUUAACAACCGCUUUCAACAUUUAGAAAGAAAUAGAGAAGUUAUUUUUUCAUGUUACUUUUAGACAUUUCUCUCUUUUUAAAGUUAAUGGGGCAUAUUACCGCCAGUUGCGACUAAUGAUAAAAUUUCUUUUUGAAGACAUUGUUUUGUUUAAAUAAAUAGUUUGUUAAAAAAAAAGAAUUGACGAAAAAUUGAGUGUGAACUGAGCUUAACUCUUUACAUUCCGCGAAUUUUUCUUUUUUUUUCUCGAGAUUUCUAGUGAUUUUACAAGAGUGAAUAACUUUUAGAAUCCAAUCUAAAUCUAAAAUUCAUGUUAUAUAUAACAGUCUUUGGUUGAAUUUCUUAUACACCAUUUGGCCGUGCUCAUGCCAUGUUAGCUUAUUAUUAAUGGUGACACCUAAGUACUUGUAUGCCUCUACUUUCUCUACACUUUGAUUUUUUAUGUUGAGAUCUGUAAUCUUGUUUUUCCCCCUCCUGAAAUCAAAAAUCAUUUCCUUUGUUUUAUAGCACACUGUAGACUGUCUUUUUUAAAUCUGUGCAUUCCUAAUUUAUAGCAAACUGUAGAAUUUGUUUUUAAAUCUGUGCAUCCUUAAUAUAUAAUUUAUAGCACAUUGCACAAUUUCUUUUUAAGUCUGUACAUUCAGGAACUAUUUGAUGUAUUUGAUUGUAUUUUGUUUUAUUUAAAUUUGAGUCACUUGAAGCAUCAUCUUAUACUCAAAUAAUUUCAUCUGUGAAGUCAUUUGAGAGUUAAAUAUUUGGAUGGCUUUAGUUCAUCUAUACCAGCUGUUCUCAAUCUGUGGGUCGUGCCCCCUUUGGGGUCGCACAACCCUUUCCGAGGGGGUCACCUAAGACCUUCUGAAAACACAUAUGCUCUACAUUUAUGAAGUAGCAACGAAAAUAAUUAUGUGGUUGGGGGUCGUCAUAACAUGAGGAACUGUAUUAAAGGGUCGCAGCAUUAGGAAUGUUGAGAACCACUGAUCUAUACCAUAAUUUUCUUUUCAACAAUCCGAGGAGAUUAUAGCUGGCAAUAUCGACAAAAUGGAAAAAAGGGUUUGUCCAGUGCUGCUCUCUUUACUGGUCAACACCACACUCACACAUGAAUGAAUUGUAUGAUUUCAAAAUUGCAUGGUGCCAUAAAUGGUUCACACUGCCCACUGUAGUCAUUUUUGACACCCUUAGUACCGGUACCCCAGCUUCAAACUGGAUUACUCUGACCUGAAGACUCAUCUGUCAUAUUAUCAUCAUCCUACAAAGCGGCGUCAUCAUCUUGCGGCGCUCACCUAUUUAUUCCAUUAAACUUGAUGGUGAGGGCAUGGACAGUUUUACCAAACACAUCAUUACUUUUGGUUUCCCAAUUCAUCUUUUCCAAUACAGUAAGAAAUUAUAUCAGAUAUCCAGCACCUCCCCUGUACAAGCAACAGAAGGAAGGAGAAGAUGGUAUGUCACCCCAUGUUCCAGAAUGGGUGCACUGCUGAUGUGCUUAAAACAUAAAUUACUGUUACCUGUUUAGCCAACCCACUCCUUUUCCAUGUUACAACUUCUGUGCUCUCACGUGAUUACCAAACAAUACUGAAUCAAUGAAUGUUGUUAAAUGUUGUUGAAUAUAUUUUCACCCUAACAUGUUUUUUUUUUUUACAAAUCAUAGAAAUUUCUCAAACUCUGGUGGGCCGCAGAUUAAACAGCACUGCUGCAAGCCACAAUUCUCUGAUUAUUAACUUAAAUUUUAAGUUAAAAUAUAUAUAUUUUCUAACUUUUAUCUGCCCUGCACACUGCAGUAUCCUUGAAAAUGUUGGACCCUUGGGCCAUGGCUAGUUCUGGCUAAGUUGAAGGCUUACAAUUUUGUACAAAAUUUAAUUCAUUAAGAGCUUUUUGAGAUUGUCUUAGACACAUUCUCAAACCUUAGGAACCAAACUAAGGACUAUAUCCAGUAUAUUUAUUCGUGUAAAUAUUUGAUGUAUUAAAAUAACUUAUUGUUCAUGCAUUUGUGUUGCCAAUAAUUGAAAUAUAAGAAGUCGUGUGGAUUUUCUGACACAUGUUGCAUUUUGAUUUCAAACACUCACACACACACACUAAUUGACAAAAUAAACUUCUCUUUGGAGCUUGAAACUAAUGGUUUUGAGAGCUGAAAACUACUCUGACUUUAUGACAUUAUCUAGAGGUGAGCUGGUUUGAAUUUGUGUACAGCAAGUCAUUUCCAUGGUUCUGCCGUCUAUCUUGUUACCAUCAAUGGAACACUGUGUACAUUGCUAGACCUGAUUACGCAUUCAGUCGCAUAAUAGCCAGGGGGCUGUAUCUCAUUACUCAUUACUAUAAAAAUAGUAGCAAAUGGGUUAAAGCCAUUCAGCUGUCUAACUUGUUCUUAUCAUUGCUCUAAGGUUGACAUAUUGUUGAUAGGAUUGUCAGUUUCCUGUGUACUUAUUUUUUUUACAGAGCUUAUGGUGAAGCAGUUGAAAGACGAGUAAAGGAACAAAACAUAAUAACAGCUGUAUCUGUCAUACCAGAGGGCAGGACUGCCCCACAGAUGGUAGAGGAACUGACUGCUAGAGAUGGUUUAUUUGCUAUUUUCAUCAAUCCCCAGAAUGAGAUUCAUCGCUCACUCACACUUAACAUUCUACAUGGUGUCCCACAAGGUAAUUUCAAUGAUAGAGUAGUACCUGCAUAUUUUCGAUAGUUGCUAUGAGCUGAGUUAUCCAUUAAUUUUGCUGUUCUUACUGACACGGGUUUCAAGCCUAUUUUUUAUGAACUUAAAAUGAAAGAUGCUUUAAAUACUUUUUCAUCUCGCCCGUCUUUUGCCAACGCAAUUGUUUUUCUUGGCACUUGUGUGCAAAUUAAGCCGUCUUAAAUGCAUGCACUUAGGCAAAAUUUUACACAAUUACGUAGUUUUUGGUAACGUUGGCGGAAUUUACCCAAAACUUGAACGUUUUUUCUAGAAUUGCAACCCUCAUCAUUGUUGUUUUAUAGAGACUAUUCCGUUAAAAAGAUUGCAAUCUUCUGUCCACGGAGAAGGAAAAAAUUUACUUUCGUUUACUGUAUUUCCCUAGAAUUUCGUUCUCACAUCCGCAUUGCAAAUUUAUGCUGCUGAAUUAAACCUGUCUGCCGCCGAAUUAAACCUAUCUGCCGCCGAAUACUCUUUACGUAUUUUGUUCAACUUAUACUAAACUUUCAUAACCAUCACCUAAUCAUCUUACUAUAAACAAAUCAUUCUCCAAUUAUCUUUGUGUGUGCAUAUGUUACAUUAUUCAUUACAUCUUUCAUUAUAAACAAAUAUCACUUCAAUUUGAGACAAUAAAAUUUGUUUUUUUUUUUUUUCUUUUUUUUUUUUUUUUUUUAAAUUUUUUUUUAAGGGUAGAUCUAGCUUUUCCUUUUCUUAAAUUUAAAAAAAAAUAUAUUUCUUUCUGUCUGAACUUUGGUAAUAUAAAUAAUGUACUUGGACUAAUCAAAUGAGAAAUUAAAGUUUUUGUGGUACAAAUAAUCAGAAGCUGAGGAAUGGGGUUAAUGUGGGUGCUAAUUUUAAAUGCUUUUAUUUUUCACUCGGAGGGAAGGAGAGGGGGGCGGGGUGUAUUUCAUUACACAAUCCAGGGUUUUUACGUUUCGUCCGAUGUAGCUUUAGUUCGUUAGGCGCCGUUUUCAACAAAUAAGGUUUAUCGCUUUUUUGUGGCAAAACAUUUGACUUGUAACCGCUGUGUCAAUAAGAAAUUCAUCAUGAACUUUAUCGAGAAGACAUUAGUUUGUCCGUUCGUGCCGUGUCUUAUAAAAACAGCCAUUGCUGUGACCAAACAAGCAGGAGAGUUAGCAAAGUAGGUAAUACUUAUUCAGAAUAGUCAUCUUUUCUAUAUUAAAUUUUAAUCCAAAGUGAUGGAGGGUGUUUCGAUAUGUGUGCAUCAUUAUAAAAAAAACAACAAAAUGAUUCUCUAUUAUCAGAAAAAAUGUAAUCACUGCAUAGCUGUAGCGUGUUCCUGUUCAGUCUUACCCAGCUGGAGCAGUAUGAAACGUCUUUUCACCAAGACAGACAAAAGACAUUGCACAUGAGGAAAAAAAUCGUUUAAAUAAAAAUAUAAAGAUCAUAUUGAUAUUUAUGUCCCUUUAUAUGUGAAUUUGAUGUUUUAUUUAUAUCUGAUGUUUUGUCUCCCCCAACCACACAGAACACAGGAAUAUGCCGCUAGACGAUGCUAUAGCUUUGGUUGGUCGCAGUUUUGAGAAAUACGUUGAAGGUUUACGGGAAAAAGCUAAAGCUGCAUCUGUUCCUUUGACAACAGCGGUAGCCCCAAUUUCAGCUCGUGUUUUUCUGCCAGCAUCAGCAGAAGUUGCAUACCUGCUUAAUCUGUUGGCAGACAAUCGUGCUCUAACAGUAGAUGAGCUCAACACUGUCAUUAAAUAUCUACAAGAGCGAAGAGACAAGUUAAUCGAUGCUGAGAGCCGGCCCAUUGUCACAGAUGGUAAGUAUAUGUAGUAGAAUUAACUCUGAAAUUUACAGCUUCAUGUGUUGCUAAAAAUACAAUCUAAAUUCACUCUGAAUUUAAGAUAUAUCUCAGAGUUGUAUAUCACAUAGAAUUAAGCAGGAUGCUUCAGGCUAUAGAGUUUGAAAAAACUAGUUAUAAAAUUAAUAAUGUAAAUAACGUUUGAAAUCUCAAUUGUCCGAACAACUGAUACAAAGUGCUAGGAAUAAACCUAUUUUAUAAGUCCUCGUUCCCACUGCACUGUUCAUUUCCACUUGUCCCCGCUUGCUGCUUAUUUUACAUUGUUUUCAUGGCUGAUGUGACCUUUUCAUGUGCCUUUCAAAAUGUCUCUCCCCAAGUCAUCCCAGGCUUUCCUUAACACCUUUUUUAAAAGUGCGUCAAAACAGUCACAAGCGCACCAUUUAACAGAAAUCCAUAAUAUAAAUCGUUACAACUGCUGUGAUAAGCCUAGGUUAUGUCUGGCAAACAGAAUGUAUCAUUUCCAUUAGGGUUGAAUUUUAUAAAUCCCCCCUCCCCUCAAAUUUUUUCGUAAUGUGAAAAGAAAUAAACUUACAAAAUAUGGAUGUAUUCUAAUAUUUACAGGUAGCUCAACAUGGACAUAGUUUAUCAAUAUGCUUUAUUUUCCUGUAUUAUCUUAUAAUAUUAACUUGAACAUCAAAAUUUACAAUAUACUGUAAAAAUUCUUCAAAGGCAUGUCCUAUUGCUGUUAACAGUUACUUCAGAAGUUAAUUAUAAACAUUUUUUACUCAAAAACCGUGGCCAAAAAUUUCACAAUUAAUCAUUGCAGCCACCUCUGCCUGUCCAGUUCCAUUUGGCAAUUUUGCCACCCCAAACAUCAUUGUUACAUCUCCAGACACCAGAACAGUCCAUCAAUGAGCUCCUUCCAAAUUAAAGCAGACAAUAUUUUUCAGUCUCAGCGUACAGUUAAUAGACAGUUUGGAACAAAUAAUGCCUGAAUCUCUUAAUCUAAUACAGUGGUUCUUAACCUUUUUGGAGGUACCGAACCCCACCAGUUUCAUAUGCACAUUCACCGAACCCUUCUUAAUAGGAAAAAAUUUCUUUUCUGAUUUUUUUUUGGACCUCCGCCGAACCCCUGAGACUUACAUUCCUGUCAAAGACUGUGGUUCUGUCCAAUGCAGUUGCUAAACAUGGACUGAUAAAAUUGGAAUGCCUGCUUUGCUUUGAUUGACAAAGAAUCUAUUGCAGAUCUCGGAGUCCUCAUAAGCAUUGCUACUGGUUUCAGUUUCACUUAAACUGCCUCUGCUGAACUGAAAAACCCUCUGCCAGUAUGUAUUUUGCAUCCUGCUGAUCUACCCCGACAGCUACAUGUGAAAUACAUAUAAAUAUUGAACCAGCAGUUAUCAAGAUGUUUGAACAGAAGGCUAGACAAGCAAGAUCCAAUUAAUAAAAAACAUGGUUGAAAAAUGAAGACCAAACCAUUGUUUUAAUUAGCGACGUUGUUAAACCCCGCCCCAGUCAUUUGUGACAAUAGGUCAUACCAUGAGAAAACCCAAGCUUGGAAACAAAUUGGUAAUUGACUUUACUCCACUGGGAGUUAAAAAGGCAAAGAAGGAGAAUAUAUUAAAUUUACAAGGACCAUAAAAUUUAUAUUUAAAACCCUUCCUAAUUCUACUUCAUACAUAUAUUUCAAUGUCUCUGUCAUUAGAGAAUUUUUAUGUCAGUGCACAUACAUUUCCAGCAUUUAAAUCUAGUCACUGACUGCAACGUUCCAUUAACUCCUCUUCUGUGUAUUGGCUGUUCCUGGUGGGAGCUGGCUGCCAGGUCAGCUUUCUUUUUUACAGAUCCUACUUUACUGUUCUGUGUAAUGUUUCUUUGGGACUUGAGCAUUUAUGUUUUUCCUGGGAUGUCCAUCUGAAUGCUGUCCUGGGAAAUGAGCUUGAUGCCAUACCACAGACAUUACCAAGCUAAUGCUCAUGAAGCGUCUCAGUUCUUCAUUGCAGAUUGUAAUUAGUAUGAAGAUUCUACAGAAUUGUGAUCCUUCAUAGACAAACUAGGCAUUUGGUCUAGAAAGCAUCAAGCUUUUGUUCUAAUUUGCAAGGGGUCUUCCAACAAUCGUCAGUAGUUAAGUUAGUUAAAAGUUUGUCACAACUAACACCCUCAGUGAAUUACUAACAAAGCUAUAGGAUAGACAUAACAAUAGGUUUCUGGCUUUUCAUCUGCCCCAAAACAAGAUGGCUACCCUCAUUACAAUAGCCUUUGUGAUGUGAGCUUCACUCUAAAGCAAUAAUCUACUCUUGAGUGAAGCUAUCUCACACAUAACAGAUUUAAUGAGCUUGACAGAUACCAAAGAGAUGACACAUUUUUUCAGCAGAAUGUCAUCCUGUAUCAGGUCUACAGUAAUAUAAAGGCAUAAAAAGCAUUGCCAACUUGUUAGGUUAAUUGUGUUUAUGUUGUGUAUGUAAAAAUGCUGUUCUUUUUAUUUUAUGUUAAUUUUAAAAAAUGUAAUGGCCAACUAAUUGUCUUCUAAUCUAUACAUGAAACAUGCAUUUUUUUAAACUGAUUCCGUACCAAAUGACAUCACCAAGUUUAAAGUUAUUAUUUCUUUCUUUCAUCUUGAUUAUACUGGUCAAUGUCAAAUAAACUCAGCAAUUGUUGAUCUUAACUUAAACAUUAAAUUAUAUUCCUACAGAUGGUCUUAUCAGGCCAGUGACCACCCAGCGUUCAGAAAUCAGCGAGGUGACACCUGCUCCAGGCGGUAGUGGUAACAAAGAUUUGCUGACCGUACAACAGGAUCUCAAAAAUAAAAUUCUCAGCAUUUUCAGUAAUGCAGGUGGAAGCGUCCAGGGGGUUCCCCCAGCUAACGGUGCUAAUCAGCAGUUUCCUUCUGGAACCCCGGCACCACCUCCCCCUCCACCCCCGGCUCCUCCCACCUCCAGUGCCAGUCUUAUAAACUUUGACAACCCCAAUGUCCAGAAGGCUUUGGAUAAUCUCAUACAGAGCAGUCCCAAUUUACUAAAGAAUUUCUCCACCAAAGUAUCUGUGUCUGCACCUAUGAUGGGGGUCCAAAGUGUGACCAGCAGCCUGGGCACUGGAGGACCAGGUGCCUUUGGACAAGCUGGUGGGAUGGUACCAGGUUUUUUACAGGGCAACCAGCCCCAAGGUGGACCAAAUAGGAUGCAAGUUGGAGGAUAUGGGGACAUGCAGGGCCAGCACCAAGGAUUUAACAUGCAGGGAAUGGGGGGAGGGCAAGGAAACAUGGGUGCUCAAGGACCACCUAGAUUUUAACUUUUUGCGAGAAGUGACAUAGGCAGUCUAUUCUUUUACAGUAAAUCUUUUAACUGUAUACCCUUAUAAAUAGAGAUAUCUCUAAAAUACAAUCACAGAUAUUGUAAACCUUUUUUACAAGCAAGGCCUAUGUGAGGAUAUCUUUGUGGUAUAAUACAUUUGAUUCAGAGGCGCAAUCUUCCCUCUCAUGGUGGCCAUUGUGUUGUUUGACAAAGUGACAU